UCUAUGGUUACUCCAGUGUCAAAUUUUCCAACCUAGUUUUUCUACUGAAAAAUACAAAGCUUGUUAACAUUUAAAAUAAAAUUUUCAAUUUAAUUUUGAUAGAAAACAAAAAUGUUCAAUUUAGGGUCAAAGCCUGCCUCAACUUUCACGCUCACUUCUACCACGACCGCCACAUCUGCUGGCGGAUUUUCAUUCGGAGGAAGUGGUGAUAAAACACAAACUUCCAAACCAUCGCUAUUUGGGGCAUCAACACAAAAUUUUUCAUUUCCUACAUCCUCAGCUGCACCAUCUACAGGUUUAACAUUUGGCAGUAGUACAACAACAGCACCAAACACUUUUGGAUUUGCUGGUCCAGUUCCUUCUAGUACUACUAAUACAUCCACACCACAGUUUUCACUUGGUGGAUCUUCUACAACUACAUCAUUAUCUCAAAAUCCCAUUGUUAGCUCUUCUGCGUCUAACACAGGCUUUCAAUUGGGCAGUAGCUCAACAGCAUCAUCUACAGGCUUUCAACUAGGAAGUGCUGCUCCGACAUAUUCAAUAGGAUCCAGUACACUUUCCACUGCCGCUCCAAAAUUCCCACAGAGCACAUCAGCUCAAACAACUGCAGCUUCAACUGCCCCUUCAAAGAAUGUCGUAGCUACAGCUACUACUACAGCCCAAAGUGUUACUUCUGGUAAUCUCACAUACAAUCAACUAGAAGACCAAAUAAACAAAUGGACACUCGAUCUGGAAGAACAAGGAAAGCAUUUUAUUAAUCAAACAAAACAAUUGAAUGCUUGGGAUAGCUUAUUGAUUCAAAAUGGAGAUAAGAUUAAAGUACUGAAUAAUAGUAUAGAAAGGGUGAAACAGCAACAACACCAGCUCGAUCAAGAACUUGACUUUGUUUUAGCACAGCAAAAAGAAUUGGAAGAAUUGGUAGUUCCAUUGGAGAAAGAAUUAGCUAGUAUUCCCCAGUCAACAGAUCAAGAAAGGAAUAGAAUAUAUCAGUUAGCUGAAAGUAUGGACUCACAAAUGAAGCAAAUGUCUGAAGAUUUGAAAGGAAUUAUUGAACAUUUGAAUGAAUCAAAUAAAGAAGAAGAUGCUAAUGAUCCUGUAACCCAAAUCAGCAGAAUAUUGAAUGCUCAUAUGAAUUCACUGCAAUGGAUUGAUCGAAAUACUGCUCAGAUUAGUUCAUAUCUCGAACAAAUAUCCAAAAUGCAAGAUAUGAAUAGAAGAAAUAAUGCUAUUGAUCUGUAAUAGUUCAUUUUCGACAUGAAUUAUCAUUACUUUCGCAGAAAACAAUUAAUAGUAUUUUUGAGAAAUAAUGAUUUUUAGGAAUUUUGUAUGUUUUUUGUCAAAUAAACUAAUCAAUUUUGAA